CCGUAAUCUACUUUCCAUUAAUUGUUGGCUUCGAGAAGCGUGAUGACCUGAUUAAAGUUGGCCUGGCGUUCAAGUGUCCGAUCGAACUCGUUUCCAACCUUUCCUUUGGACUACCAGCAUCCCUCGUCAUUUCACUCCCGGGAAGUCAGGUCUCUUCAACAGACUUUGGCCCUUCAGCAAAGCAUCCCGCUUUCGGAUCAUGUCCAAUUCAGAAGUCCUUGAAUAUGACGCGCAAGCUUUUGCGCAUGCCGCUUACAAUGUGUGGGUUACUCGCAUCUGCCAACUGUGUCCUUGUAUCAUUUUCUGUUAUGAUUACUGUACGUCUUAGGAGACGGCCGAUGAGAUUGUCCAACGUAUUAUAUAUCAUUGUGAGAUUUGGCGGCGGCGCACUCAUAUUUCUUAGUGCUACAGCAUUUAUGAGCCAACACACUUCCAAAAAGGUAUGUUACUUGUUCCUGAACAUUCAAGGGUGGCCCAGUUUCUGCGUUCUCUGGGCAGUUCAGCUCAUACUGCAGCUCCGAGUAUACGCUCUAUACCGUCGAUCUCAAAAAGUUUUAAUUGCGAUGGCGGUCGGAUUUACGAUGGAGGUUAUAGCCAUGUCUAUCUGUUUGGGAAUAGGUAUGGCAAUGACAUCCAAUACAAAUGAACCAGUGCAAGGUCUCAGAAUCUGUGCCGUCCUGACGGCACCACCUGCGCUUGCGUACGUGUGGCUGCCUGAUAUUAUUUUUGGAACAUUUCUGUUCGUGCUUGCAGCCAGAAUUGGUUUCAAACGUGGCAGAUUUGGCUUCAACAUCUUCCGCAUGCAGAGAAAAGAUCUUGUCGAUGCUCUCGUGUAUGGCAACGUCCAUUACUUUUUCUGCAUACUCGCUGCGAACGCUGUAAAUACAGGAAUCUGGCAAGGGUUAGGGCAUAACUGGUUCGAAGCUCCAGAGGGGUUCGCGGCGGUCAUUGAAAUCAUCCUUGGAUGUCGGAUGGUGCUGGACCUUAAUUCAGCAGUGUCUGAUUCUGAAGGCUUGCAUCUAUUGGACUCAUACCCACUCAGAGACUCUUUUGGUGCCAGAGAGGGUCCGGUAACAAUGUAUUCCGCGGUUAGCACCUAUGAUCUCGAGAAUAUGCAAGGUCGACAUCGGCUUACCCAAGAGGUUGAGUUAGCUUCUCCAACUUGCCCUGCGUCUGGGUCGGGGUCUGGGGAGAGCUCUCGCGUUCUCAUCGAGGAAGCCAAUGAAUCAUGUAGCAGUCCGGUUCCUACUAUCGUCUACUAGUGUACAAACCUAUUUUUACAGAAGUUUAUCACUCUCCACGACUAUACCACAUUGAUUGUUCGGUUUGUUUGUAUAUGGUAUAGGCAUUACAUCGAUCCCUUUCCAAUCGAGGGGUAACUAUGAGCGGAUUGCGCAAUGCACGACAAAUAAUCGGUGUCUCUCGACAGCACCUUUGAUCCACUUAUACACUUUU